AUGAACGUGGAGGCCUUUGUUAUUUCGAUCCGGAAUCGUGAAGCUAUAUGGAACCAACAACUGAGUGACCACCAUAAUAGAUAUACGUUGGACAAGCUUUGGAAGGAGGUUGGAGCAGAAAAUAAUUGUUCAGUGAAAGAAGCUCAAAGCAAAUGGAAGUCACUGAGGGACUACUACAGAAAGGAGGUGAGGAAAAUGCAGGAGGAGAGGUCGGGAUCCAGCGCUGAUUCAGUUCAUAAAUCUAAUUGGCCCUAUUUCUUGAUGUUAGAUUUUCUGAGAACUCAAUUCAAAACCAGUCCUACUUCUGGAAAUCUUAUGAAGAAACAAAAGACUAAUGAGGACCAGUCUGUAGCUACAAUUUGCGAUGAUCUAUCUGUAAGCAAACAUCAACUGCAUGUCGAAAACACGGAUGAGAUGUAUGCAGAAAGGUUUUCUACCCAAGAUGACAUAGAUAUUAAUGAAAAUGGCAAAAGGCUUAAUACUGAUGGUAAUGUAAGUGGAAAAUCUCCUGAAUGUCCAUCAAGUAAAAUUGAUAACACUGUGAAGGAAGAUCUUGUACAUCCAAACACGUUUAAUAAGAGAAUUGUAAAAAAUGACCAUUUAAAAAGAUUAGUGCAGAUAGAAGAAAAGAAAAUGGCAAUUCUUGAACAAAAGCGAUCAAGAACAGCCCAUGAAAAAAUCUGA